AGGAUCUCGCCGUGGCCGCUGCCCCCCGACGGGAGCCGUGCGGCGGCCGGGCGAGGCUCGCCGGAUACCGGCCGGGAUGGAGCCGCCGCCUCCCGCAGCCCCGCCGCCCGCCUGAGCCCCGCGGCCGUCCGGCGGGACCCCCGGUCCGGGGGGGAUGGCGCUCAGCUCCCGGGCUCACGCCUUCUCGGUGGAAGCCUUGGUGGGACGCUCGGCCAAGAGGAAGGUGCCGGAUGGUCGCGACGAGGAGCCCGGGGCCGGCCGCCGGCAGAGCCGCAGAGCCCCGGAGGCGGAGAAGCGGCCCAAGGCCGGUGCCGAGAGCCGGGAGGCGGGCGCUGGGGUGCAGGUGGAGCUGCAGGGCUCCGAGCUCUGGCGGAGGUUCCAUGAGAUCGGCACCGAGAUGAUCAUCACCAAGGCCGGCAGGAGGAUGUUCCCCUCGGUCAGGGUGAAGGUGAAGGGGCUAGAGCCGCUCAGGCAGUACUAUAUCGCCAUCGACGUCGUCCCGGUGGACUCCAAAAGAUACAGGUACGUCUAUCACAGCUCGCAGUGGAUGGUGGCAGGGAACACGGACCACUCCUGCAUCACCCCGCGGCUCUACAUCCACCCCGACUCCCCCUGCUCAGGGGAGACUUGGAUGAGGCAGAUCAUCAGCUUCGACCGGGUGAAGCUCACCAACAACGAGAUGGACGACAAGGGGCAUAUCAUCCUGCAGUCCAUGCACAAAUACAAGCCCCGAGUCCACGUUAUCGCCCAGGAUUCGCGCUUCGACCUGGCGCAGAUCCAGUCUCUGCCGGCCGAGGGGGUGCAGACCUUCUCCUUCCAGGAGACCGAGUUCACCACCGUGACGGCCUACCAGAACCAGCAGAUCACGAAGCUGAAGAUCGACAGGAAUCCCUUCGCCAAAGGUUUUCGGGACCCCGGCAGGAACAGGGGUGUCCUGGAUGGGCUUCUGGAGACCUACCCGUGGCGGUCCCCCCUCGCCCUGGACUUAAAGGCUUUCGGCGCCGACAGCCAGGGUGGGAGCUCCAGCUCUUCGCCGGUGGCCUCCAGUGGUGGGACGCCCUCUCCUCUCAACCCCCUGCUCUCUCCAUCAUGUUCUCCUCCUGCCUUUCACUUGUCAGCAAGCAACAUUGGCAUGCCAUGCCCCGAGACCUAUCUACACAACCUCAACAUGCCCCUCUACUACAAGAUUUGUCCUACAAGCUUCUUAAGACAACAGUCUCUCAUCUUCCCAAGCCAUGAAAAACUGGGAGGCACCAACCCACAUCUUUUACCUCACUUCAUGGUGGAUGUGCCAAAACUAUCUUCCCUCGGCAUAACCAAUCUGAAAAAUGCUAAGGCUGAAGACUUAAACGGGCAAUGUCUACAAGUGCCCAGUUCUGCUAGUCAAAUGCUGUAUGGAUUACAUGCAUCUGGAAACAUUUUCCCAUCAAGUCCCAUUGCUCGGGAAGCACUUAAUUGUUCUUUACAUCCUCCAUAUGGCUUGUAUGGUUACAACUUCUCUGUGCCAUCUAGACUGAUGAAUACAGCAAGCCAUUUCAAAGUGAGUGACAGCAUUCCAGCUUCUUUGAGAGAUGGCAGAUGUAAUCACUCUAACUGGCACCCAACAAUUAACCAUUGCCUUUAG